AUGGGGCCCGGCUUGAUCCUGCUGGAGACGCUGUUGGUGCUGCUGCUGGGGCCGCAUUUGGUCCCUGGAGCCGAGAGGAGGUUCAAGACAUCAGCUCAGCCCUCAGUGAAGAUCUCCCACACCAAGGCAGGGCCCCGGGCCCACCACAGCCUCCUGAUCUGCACCGCGGCAGGAUAUUACCCCUCGGAGAUUAAUGUCAAGUGGCUGAAGAACGGGCAGGAGCAGACGGAAGGUCUGGGAUACGCAGAUGAGCUCCGGAACGGAGACUGGACCUUCCAGAACCAGGUGAUGCUGGAGAUGGUGCCCCAGUGGGGAGACCUCUACGCCUGCCAGGUGGAGCACAGCAGCCUGAAGGAGCCCAUCACCAUCCAGUGGGUGCCGGAGAUGUCGGACUCUGCCAAGAGCAAGAUGUGGACAGGAGGCAUGGGGGCCUUGCUGGGGGUGGUCUUUGGGGCCGUGGCCAUCUCCCUCUACCUGAAGAAUAAGAAAGCUGUCCCCACGGCACCUGCUGUAGGGCUCAUCGGUUAGUCCCAACGGCUCCAGAGCUCACCUCUGGGAAACCAUUAGCAAAUGAGAUUUCGUGUACGUCUACUGAUUCUGAAUAAUCUGUGUUCAGGCAGCAUUUUGACCGACUGUUGCUUAAAACUGCUCUGAGUACUGCUGGGAUUAUUGCCGGGAAGUUGACGAUUGGGCACGAUCCCCCGCUAACAGCUGCUGCAGCAAACUGGCUACAAAAAUUGGCAUUGGUUAAUUUUCAUCGAUGCCUUUAACUGGAGGGACUGUUCCCACUUUGCAUUUUGUCUCAUUAAAAAAAAAACCUUUGUAGAGAGUUGUCUAUGUGAGUUUCGGCUGAGCCCUUCAAGCCAAGGUCUGUGGAAGCCUCUUAGUUGAGAUUUUAUCGCACCCUUUCCUCUGAGGAGCUCUGAGAAGAUUAUCAUUCCUCCUCUCACCCUAUUCCCCCCUCCCACAAACAACCCCAUACAG